AUGAAGAUAACAGUUUGUGACUUGGAGCCAGCCGUGAGUUUAGCCCAUCACUUCCGACCAUCAGUGGAAGCUUGCCCAAAUCAAGCCAAUGUUUCCUUUGCGGUCGGCGAUUUCUUCAAACCUAAAACCAUACCAAAGGCUGAGCUGUAUGUGUUGUCUCACGUUCUCCACGACUGGUCAGAGGAUAAAGUUGACUUGAUUCUUUCAAAUGUCUACAGGUGCUUACCCUCAGGUAAUUUUAAUAGAAAGAAGGUUUUACCGUUCUUUAAGGGAUCCGGCACGCGCGUACGUGCAUGAAAUUAAAUCCAAGCAGAAAAUACUAGGUUCCGCACGUAACUUACAGUUCGGAUCAAGGAAACAAGGUUUAUUAUGUCUCUGGUUUAAUUACAAACUGAGAGGCCAUCAAGGAUUACAGUUCAAGCAGGAAAGCUGUAAAUGAUCGAUGUGAAUGAAAUCCUACACACGAGCGUCAAAAAUCGUGGCUUUCUGACAGCAAAACACUUAACACACCCAUAUUAAACUCCAAACUUACAAGAAACGCCGUAACAGCUUUACAAUGUUUUUUUCCUCAUGAAUUGUAACCAAAACGAACUUUAAUUCUGAAUUCACGGUCUUUAGUCUUUAAGCGAAAUGAGCCCGCGAACUGACUGAUGAAGAAGUGCUUUGGUAACAAAAGGUGUUUUAAUCUAGUAUGCAGACUACACGGUGACGGUUGACAGUGCAUAUAGAAAUGGCACAUAAGAUUAUUGUAUGACCAAUCAUCUAUCAUUUCAGACGAUUACUUCGACAAUGUUGGAGACGUUUUAACUCCCUCAGUAACUGAGGGACUAAAAAUGACUGGAAGUAAUCGUCUGAGAUUUAGGCUACUCUGGUGCCAUCACAGGCAAACAACGCGCCAUUUUUCAUACCUCAUUUAUUUUUCUAGGUGGGGGACUCCUCAUUUGCGAACGGAUUUUAAACGAAGACAAACGUGGCCCAUUGCCUUCUCUCAUUUUCAGCCUUCUAAUGUUGGUGUCCACAGGUGGAAAAGAGAGAUCAGCUCCAGAAUUCAAGCAUCUCCUGGAAAAGCAUGGGUUUGUAGAUGUUCAAGCGAAACGUGUUUAUUUUACUCAAGAUGCCAUUUUCUGCAGAAAGAUGUAA